AUGAAUGUGGUGCCCCGUCCUGGGCGGAUCCUCAAUUCCACUUGCCCACUACGAGCGCUACUCGGCCAUCUUAGGGGCACUCCCCCCCCCCCACUCGUGGCCGCGUAUGAGAGGCGAUCCAAAGAUGUGGAAACGCUCCUGAGGAAGGCUCUCUCCGCUUCAAACAUCCCCCGAGCAGAAGCCGUCUCGAAUUUCCGCCAUCUGGUGCCCCUGCGAGAUGAUCGCGAUCGCGAUCGGUGCCAGCUGCAGGGGCAGUAUCAGGAGCCGAAGCAUGCCCGCCCAAAGCUCCAGAAACUCCAGACCAUCUCAGGCACCCAACCCGGGCUUCCCCCUCAAACGUCUGUGGUCCCAGGCCGACACACCAUUUCCACCGUCUGCGCCCAGGAACCCGGUUUCACAGUCCGGCAGGAGGCACCUCCGACGCGCCAAUCACAGCAGCCCAGACCUGCAUCAGGGAAAUUACCCACCACAACGGCGCCGCCGCUAAGAAACUUGGCUUCGGGCCUGGUCCAUUCGAGCCCCGUUCUGCACGGGCGUGAAUUUCGGAUUGAUUACCUGGGCCACCGCUUCAUCAUUUCGGAGUUCCAUAUCCAGAUGGACGGAGUACUUUAG